AUUUAGCUAUUAACUUAUUGUGAAUUGUGAAGUCGGAGAUGUAUGACAAUUUUAAUCAAACAAGAGUAGUGUAUUUCUUUUAGUGUAAUCGUGAAAAAUCUAUUUCAUUUCAUCUUGGAGGAAGUCGACACGUGAAACAUCCAUCAGGAUUAAUCUAUACUAAUAAUUUAAAGCUGAAUGUUAAAAAUUGGCAAUAAUGUCUUCAGAAACUGCUCAAGUUAGCUCGUUGCCAUUGCCUCCAAUGCAAUACAUAAAUUUUUAUACCGAUGAUAAUGUACGAAGAAACAGAGCACCUUUACCACCUCGUCCUAUACAUGACUCUUAUUCCAUGUUUGGACACCCUUUCAACGCUGACGAUACUAUAAUUCGUUCGUUGGAAAGUCAGGGUUUUCGACGACUAUAUCCAAUGCACUUUGAAAGAAGAAGAGAGUUAAAGAAAUUAAACCAUUCAUUAUUAGUUAACUUCUUGGACCUUUUAGAUUUACUGGUACAUUGUCCAGAUUCUCCUAAAAGAGCUGAAAAAGUUGAAGACUUGAGUCUAUUGUUUAUUCAUAUCCAUCAUUUAUUGAACGAGUUUAGACCUCAUCAAGCAAGAGAGACUUUAAGAGUAAUGAUGGAAUUACAGAAACGCCAAAGAGUUGAAACAGCUGCAAGAUUCAAAAAACAUUUAGACAAAGUACAAGACAUUUUGCAGAAUGCUCUACAGAGUUUACCUGAUCAAAAUGAAAUUGAAUCAAACUUCAAAGUACCAAUAGAAAUUCUGGAGCAAAUGGACUGCGGGCCCAACGACAGUGGUGCUGUUGAUCCCUGCUUCGAAUUGGACCGCAUUAUGUGUAAUGUUGUUGAUAAUAUGAGAUAAGAGAUAUAAUAAAUAUUAUAUUUUUUAA